AUUUAUAAAAGCAAGCUCAGCUUUUGUAAACACUUUCAAGUUGGACAAUCAACUUUGUCAAUAAUACUCAUGUUGACGUCUUCAAAAUAGAAAAAAAGAGUCAUGAGUGGCAGUAUUGAGGAGGACCUGAAGUUACUGCUGGACGGAAAAGUAGUUCCCAUCCACCAGGAUGAAGACAUUGUUACAAAAUACCUUGUGCAACAGGAAACUGACUAUGUUCCCAUUGUUAAACGCACAGUAGGCUAUAUAGCGAUGGGUCUGGUUUUCAAUGAAGCAGGUCAGCUAUUAUUGAUGCAAGAAGCGAAAGAAAGAAUUCGAGGGCAGUGGUAUAUACCUGCAGGGCGCAUGGAACCCGGGGAAAACUUCAUAGAUGCUGUAAAGCGUGAGGUUUUGGAAGAAACUGGAAUUAAAAUGGAAUGCUUGACAUUGCUCAAAGUUCAAAUGAAGAUCUCAAGAAGGUGGAUUAGGCUUGUGUUUGUUGGUCACUGCAAAGGUGGGAAGUUGAAGACGUUAGCUGAACAAGAUGAGGAAUCACUUCAGGCCCAGUGGUUUGACAUUGACAAAAUCAAAAAUGGAACUCUCAACCUCAGGGGUCAGGAUUUUUUUAAGGUCAUGGAUUUGGCUCAGGACUACCUAUCUAGGUCAAAGGACUGUCAACACCCAGCUUACCAAGUUGGAAUUCAGCCUCACCGACAUCUACUGCAAAGACCUGUCAUUCUUAGGAGGACACACAAUGGGUCUGUGGAUGUUCUAUGUUCUGGGAAAGGCCGACAUUGUUUACCCGUCAUACAACUCAACCCAAAGAGUAUGACCCUGUUUAUUGCCCUGAAACCAUGGAUACAGGAAAUAUUCCAAACCUCUUCCACAACGCAAUUGAAAUCUGAAGGCAUGUUGACUCUAGAACAUUGUGGCAUUCCGAGCCGUGAACAUGACGGAUUGUGUGUCACCGUUGUGUACAUAGUUCCUGAACAUCUUCUUGACACGCUGGUGGAGGUGAAGCACGCAGACUAUGCUUGGCAUACACUCACUGAUUCUCAAUUGUUGGAAGAAAUGGAUAAAAGGAUAUUUUCUAAGAAUUUACUUAUACCUAUUGUAGGCAAUUAGGAAUCCUGAACAAGGACUUUUUGUUGGCAAUUAGAAACUAUGAACAAGGUUUUUUUGGUGGCAAUUAGGGACUGAACAAGGACUUUUUGGUGGCAAUUAGGGACUCUAACAAGGAUACUAUUGUUGGCAAUUAGGGACUUUGAGCAAGGAUUGACUGGGAUUAAACAUUUUUAAAUAUUUUAUUCUGCUGACGACUUCAGAUAUGCAUUAUUGUUGGUUCUUCGUCAUUAAUUUUUUUUUUUUAAAUUUCAAACAACUCAAUAAUGUCAUUUACUAGAAAUGAAUGUGAUAGAAAUAGUGUUGUAUAUAGAAUGAUCUGCAGGUGAAAUCCAGGUUUUCAAUUUAUGUUGUCAGGUUUGAGCAAACUGACAGAGGAUCCAUAGGCAUUCAGAUGGAAAAGUGUAAAUCUAUAUGCUCUAAAUUUGCUAGAGCUUUGUCGACAAAUGCCAACAAUGUCAACCCUGCCACUAUAUUGACAUGCUAAAACAGUUCUGUAAAAGGUUGUGAAAUUAAAUACCCAACUGUUUUUAUGAAUAUGAAACUUGUGUUGUUUUGGCUUUGUUCAAACAUGGUUGUUUGUGCCAACACAUGAAUGUUAUUUUAAAAUUUCCAAAUGCAUGACCAAGUUGAAGACAAGACAGGCCAAACUACAUGUAAUUUUGACAAAUGACCUUGAAUAUGACCUUGAUCUUUGACCUAGCUGCAUGGGUCUUGCACAUGACCAGCUUAUCAUGGUGAAGAUAUUUUACAAAGUUUUAAAAUCCUCUAUUGCAACUUGCAACAGCAAACGAGAUACAGAUUGUGGGUUUAUUUUAUUUCUUCCUGUUUGUUAGCCAUAUUGUGAUAUUUAUUUUAAAUAAUAAAUUGUUUCAUCUACCUUGAUAUUGUAGUUACCAAUAUGUUUUGAUGAACUCCAGGGCUGG